UCGUCUUCAUGACGCCGGCAGCGGGGAGAAACUCCACCGAAAAGCCGCCCUCCAUCAACGUCCAAAACUUCUUUCCCCUUCCUCACAUUGUGGAACCAAGCCGCUUUGGCAGAUUAUCUCGCUUCUUUAGCAUUCCACAAGCUUAUUUCUGAAUCCUUUCUUUCAUAAUCCACUUCUUCUCUCUUUGCGACCGACUUCAGCGGUUGUAGGUGCGCUCGGCGCAAAACGACAGAACCCCUCCCCCUCCUCCCCCUUCGAUCUCCUUCUGUGCAGCGAACUUCUUCGCCAAACAAACGCUGACUUCGCAAAAUGGCUGUCGAACUCAAGAACAAGGGCAACAAGGCCUUUCAAGCGGGAGAUUAUCCCAGUGCCGUAGACUUUUACAGCCAGGCUAUUAAGUUGAACGACAAGGAGCCUACCUUCUUCACCAACCGAGCCCAAGCAUACAUCAAGACCGAGGCCUACGGUUAUGCCAUUGCCGACGCUACAAAGGCUAUCGAGCUCAACCCCAAACUUGUCAAGGUUCGCCACAAGACCACAAACGAACCGGAGGAAGAGGCUUUGAAAUGUUGACCUUGCUAGGCGUACUACCGACGAGGACUGGCCAAGACUGCGAUCCUCCGACCUAAGGAGGCCAUUGACGACUUCAAGACAUGUGUGUCUCUCGAUCCCAGCAACAAAGAUGCCAGACUCAAGCUGGAGGAGUGCAAAAAGAUCGUCCGUCAGCUAGCCUUCUUUGCGGCAAUCGAGGUCGGCGAUGAGCCUUCUGCGGCUGAGGGUCUUGAUCUGGACUCCAUGGUGGUUGAGCCAGGAUAUGAUGGUGUGCGAUUAGGCGACGAGAUGACACAAGAGUUCAUCGAUGAUAUGAUUGAACGUUUCAAGACGGGCAAGAAGAUCCACCGGAAAUACGUCUACCAAAUCAUCAUCGCGGUCAAGAAGCUCGUAUACGAUGAGCCCACCAUGGUUGAGGUCGAGAUUCCCAGCGACGUGAAGCUCACUGUCUGUGGUGACACUCACGGUCAAUACUUCGAUCUUAUGGAGUUGUUCCGCCGUAACGGAACCCCCGACGAGAAGCACUGGUAUCUUUUCAACGGUGAUUUCGUGGAUCGAGGUUCUUGGUCGACUGAGAUCGCUCUGCUCCUCUAUGCUUACAAGUGGUUGCGACCUAACCAGUUCUUCUUGAACCGUGGUAACCACGAAACGGAUGACAUGAACCGUGUGUACGGUUUCGAGGGCGAGUGCAAGGCCAAGUAUAACGAGCGGGUCUUCAAGCUGUUCUCUGAGAGCUUCUCUGCUCUUGCUCUGGCCACUCUCAUCGGCAAGAAGUACCUUGUCCUUCACGGAGGUCUUUUCUCUGAUGACAGCGUCACUCUUGACGAUAUCCGAAAACUCAACCGACACAACCAGCGACAACCCGGUCAAGCUGGUUUGAUGAUGGAGAUGCUCUGGACCGACCCCCAGGAGGAGAACGGCCGAGGACCCAGCAAGCGUGGUGUCGGUAUGCAGUUCGGUCCCGACAUCACCAAGAAGUUCUGUGAGAAGAACGGUCUUGAGGCUGUUAUUCGAAGUCACGAGGUUCGCAUGGACGGUUAUGAGGUGCAGCACGAUGGCCGCUGUAUUACCGUCUUCUCUGCCCCUCGAUACUGUGACUCAACAGAAAACAGGGGUGCCUACAUCAACAUUGGCCCCGACUACAAACUCCAGUACGAGCAAUUUGAUGCCGUGCCUCAUCCCGAUAUCAAGCCUAUGGUGAGUGGUCCUCGAUGCCCUACUCGUAACCCCCAAUACUGAUCAACUGCCAGGCAUAUGCGCAAAGCUCUCUCAUGUCUUCUCUGAUGUAGAAAAAACGGAGAGCCUUUAGAAAGCGAAACUGGCGGCGAUUUCACGAUGUAUUCAGGUCCCUGGCGUCUGGAAACGGUGCAUUUGCAGGGUAGGCCGAUGGGCGAUGUACAUGCAUACUUUUAUACCCCCAUCUACGGAUAGAUGAGAUGAUAAAAUGAGGUUCCAGCUGAAUGAUGAUAAAUAUGACAAAAUGCCACUCUUCAAGCAUUCCAUAGUCGAUCUUGUCCGUCCGCUCCAACCAUGGCGCCUAGCCAGUCUGAGCAUUGUCGUAGUUGUAGGCUUACUUGCUCGCCAUCAUCGGUUGUGCCUUGCCAUGCUGUGAUUGCCGUCGCAAAGGAGCCAAGGUCUGGUCUUGGAAUACGGACCCAGGCAUGGUCAGCUUCGAUUUUGAGUAUAUCCAUAGAAAUUGCAGUUCCUACCAUCCCCAGACAUCGUCGAAGAGCAGUUGUGCAGUAGCUCUUUAGCGAAAGGUUGUCAAGUGUGACAGAUGAUGAGCCGCUGAGGCUGACAAGCUGCAGGUGUACAUAUGAGAAUGGUGGCGCCUUAAUUGUGCAUGCGAGAAGAUCGUGAGACUUUUCCAGAUCUUUCUGUUGAAAGAUUGACUUUUGGCUUCCCUGGCUUGAAUUUUGCGUCAUUUUGAAUAGAAA